GUUCUACUGAGCAGUCUUGCUGGUGAGAGCUGUCACGUGUAGCCUCUCCUGCCUAUGGGAUCGGAGGCUUUCAAAGAGCAGUUUCUUUCCCUCACUUUAAACCUGUCUUUUUUUAAACACAAGGAGAGACGGGGAUGAAAGCAGCAGUGAAAAGUUCUGGCAAAUUGCAAUCAAGCAACCUCAGGCUAGUGCCUCGCCUGGAACAGCAUGCAGAGAAGGUAAACUAAGCAGCCUGAAUUCUGGACAUGUUCUUCCUCUGUCUCCCUUUCCUUCCUAUCCUGGGAUUGCUUCAGAAUUGCUUUGGGGAAAACUUACGGAUUGCUCUGCUCGGUUAGGUGAAUGUGAAGAAGAGAACCGUUUCAAGAUCACAGGGCUGGCUGGCACCUCUCAAGUGCCAAGAUCGGUGAGGACUCCUGCCUAGUGAUGUUUGUGUUAAAGAAGAUAAAUUGCCCAGCGUAAAACUUCGCCUCUCGUCCAUCCGGCAGCUGUACUACAAUUUCUUCCUGAGAGUGUCUAAGGGCACCCUUGGCUGGCACGAGUGUAAAUGAUGGUACUAAAGGAAUGCUUUUCUAUGGAUUUGGAAGAAGACAACUUCAUUAGUUGCAAUAGCUCGAAUCACAGUGAAAACCUCCUUGUGGGGGACGAGUGGUCCUCCCCAGGAUACCUGUACAUCAUCCCAGCUGUGUAUGGGUUUGUCAUUCUCAUAGGACUGAUUGGCAAUAUUACCCUGAUCAAGAUCUUUUGCACGGUCAAAUCCAUGAGAAAUGUGCCCAAUUUGUUCAUUUCCAGCCUGGCUCUGGGAGACUUGCUUCUGCUCAUCACAUGUGCCCCUGUGGAUGCUAGCAGGUACCUGGCAGACAGGUGGCUUUUUGGCAGGAUUGGCUGUAAACUGAUCCCCUUCAUCCAGCUGACUUCAGUUGGGGUAUCAGUCUUCACCCUCACAGCCCUCUCUGCAGACAGGUAUAAAGCUAUUGUUCGACCAAUGGAUAUCCAAGCCUCCCAUGCUCUGUUGAAGAUUUGCUUAAAAGCUGCUUUUAUCUGGAUCUUCUCCAUGUUGCUUGCCAUUCCUGAAGCCGUGUUUUCCGAUCUGCACCCUUUUUAUUUGAAGGGCACCAACCAAACCUUCGUCAGCUGUGCACCAUAUCCCCACUCCAAUGAGCUACACCCUAAAAUUCAUUCAAUGGCUUCCUUUCUGAUUUUUUAUAUUAUUCCCUUGUCCAUCAUUUCUGUUUAUUAUUAUUUCAUUGCCAAGAAUUUGAUCCGGAGUGCUUACAAUUUGCCAGUGGAAGGAAACAUACAUGUCAGGAAGCAGAUCGAAUCCCGGAAGCGGCUGGCCAAGACCGUGCUGGUGUUCGUGGCUCUCUUCGCCGUGUGCUGGCUGCCCAGCCACGUCAUCUACCUGUACCGCUCUUACCACUACUCCGAAGUGGACACCUCCACGCUGCACUUCGUCACCACAUUCUGCGCUCGCUUCCUGGCCUUCGCCAACUCCAGCGUGAACCCCUUCGCGCUCUACUUGCUGAGCAAGAGUUUCAGGAAACAGUUCAACUCCCAGAUCUUCUGCUGCCGGCCCGGACUGCUCCGGAGGUCUCAGAGUACGGGCAGGAGCACCACGUGCAUGACGUCCCUCAAAAGCACCAACCAGUCCGUGGCCACCUUCAGUCUCAUCAAUGGCAACCCUGCCUGCCAUGAGGGUUAUGUGUAGAGCUGUCCCGGGCAAUGUAGUUUGGGUUUCAUUUUCAUUCACCAGCCGCCAAUGAUCCAGAGGCGUCUCCUGUCUCCCCUUCCCCUCCUGUCCCCAAUAGGAGCCUCCAUAUUGCAGAAGGCACCUGUAACUCUUGGUUUUAGCAGAAAAGGCCUGGGAAUAAGGGACUGAGCUGUGGGUAUUUUGAAGAGACAGCUUCGUUAUGUUCCUAUCUAUCUUCAGCUGUGAUUGACCCAGGGGGCUGUUUCAGGAAUAAGAAUGGAGGCAGGACAUGAGCCCCAAACAGGCUCCACCUGCCUUUAGCAAGCAAAGAAGAUGACAAAAAAAGACACAAUCGUUCGUUUUCACAAGUUUCCUCUUCAGGGUUCUUUUACAGAGAGCUGGUUCACCUAAAAUGUGAUUUGAUUGAUCACUUGUCCCCAGGGAGAACACCUGUUUGUGAACCAAAGGUGGCCCGGAUGUGUGACAUGCAUCAGCUUUAGUGCUCAAGCUGAGGGACCUUCCCAAAUCAGAAAACCCAGACAAAUGAAGCAACCAGAAUUGCUGAACAUUUGAUUUUCCAAGGUGGGGGCUGUUUUCAUUUUCUUUGUUUUAAUAUGUUCCAUUACUACUUGCUUAGUAUGUAAUAGGAGCAUAAUAAAUGCUCAUUGAUGAAGUCCAAGUCCACAGGUAAAGCAGAUGAUUCAGAAUUAUGGGUACUUUCUCUUUUACACACUCACACACACAUGAAUACAUAGCUUCACAAGAUUGAAUUGUACUCCAUCAAGGUCUCUCAUUUGGUUGCCACUAAAGAUCUAUGCUAAGAAAUAAUCAUUUGCCAUUAGGGGAAAAAAAAACACUAAAGAGGAAAUUCUUAAAACUUUUACAUAUUUUCUUAGAAUUAAAUGUGUGUGAAAAUAGUAUUUAUUUAUAUUGUAAAACUUUAAAUGUAAAGAGUGGUAUGGGGGGAAACAGGCUUUAAGUCUGCCUGAUAGAGGCAGUCAUUAAUUUAAAUGUGAAAACAGUCAGGUAAAUUUGAUUAAAAAUGUGUUUACAUUUAAAACCAGUUCUCCUACUCUCCCCUACCUAGGAUCAUAGAAAACUUCACUUGUUAUAUUUUUCAGAGCAUGAAUUUCUCCUAGAAUCUGCAUGGAAAAGUUGAAGUAUGCUUUUCAAGUCUGUUUAAUGUCAAACACCUUCAUCUUGCUUUUUCUCUUGAGAGUUUUGGCUCAUGAGCAGAAAAGGUAUAUUUGCAAAGUGAAAAAUUCAAAGAAUUUGUUUUAAAACCUGUCUCAGAAAUCAUACUAAGCAUUGGUUCCAAGGCAGAAAAGUGGUGAAGGCAAGGCAAUUGGGGCUAAGUGACUUGUCUAGAUAGCUAGGAACCGAGGUUAGAUUUGAACCCAAACCAUUGCCAGGCUUGACUUUGAAUCCACUGAGCCACCUAGCCAUUCCUAGUUCAUAGAAUUUUUAAAAAAUGCAUUUGUCCCUUUAAAAAACUGAAUAAAAGCACAGUUAAAAAUUGACUUGACUGUAAGUUUCAAAUCAAGCUUUCCUGUGUACCUAGACAAGUUCCUUCUGUUAAUUUGUAAAUGGACUAAUCCAUUGUGCACACAUACUUGAUAUUCUUUGUAUUCUGCGGUCAUGUCACUCAUGAUGUUCAUUAUCCUUGUGAGAAGGAGUGGCCAAAAAUGUGGCUUGACCAAUUCUUAUUUCUUCAAGGCCCAAUCAAGAAGCUCGUUCUUUCUUGAUUUGAGACAGGAGCUAAUGUUUUCAAAGAUUAACAAGUUGUGGGAAAGAGAAGAAAUUAACUGACCUGAAGGAUAUGUGUUCAAGGCAAUAUUUAUGGAGUGAAAGAAUGAGUGAAUGCAAAAUGAAUGAAUACAUAUGAGCAUUUUCAUUUGUGUUUAAUGUAUUCUAGGCUUGUCUGUUUGCUUCCAUCUUCUGGAAGGAUCACAGCUGCAUCACAUAGUUUAAAGCUGUGUAUCAUUGUGUUCUUGAAGAAUUUCUUUUCUUCUUUUUCUUUUUAUAACAUGCUACCAAUUGUUUCAGUUCAGCUCACCAAAAAGCAGCUGUUUCGGAAUCUUGUUAUCUAACAUAAUCCAUAGAGGUCUAGACCAACUGACAAAAUCCAUUGUUUUCAGGACCUCCUCUGGAACUCUUCUUAAGAAUGGGUCAUGUAGGCAGUCUUUGCUUCAAUGGCCAUUUGUGACAAAAGGUCACACAUAUAUGAGUGGAGAACUCCAUUUUGAUUUCCUUCAAGACUAAAGGGUUGCUAUCAUGCAUACUGGUGAUUUUUAAAAAUCUAUCUGGUUUGUUACUGAGUAGAUAGAUCAUGCUAAGUUUUUUUUUUUUCCAUUCUGGUUCUAGCACCUCUGAUCUCUCAAAUAACAAAAACAAACAAACAAACAAACAAACAAAACAUUUAAGGAGACCUUUUAAGAAAAGGACUAAGACUAAGUACCUGAAAUUUAUGAAAAAGGUAUUAGAACAAGUCCUUCCUAUUGAAUUGCUUUUUAGAAAAUCAGAGAUCAGAAAUCAGAGGUGCUAGAUCAAGCAAUAAUUUUUUUUUAAUAGCAUGAUUUAUUCAACAACAAACUAGGCAUAGAUGAACUAGAACCCUUGAUGACUACUCCCAAAAUUUUGAGAGAAAUCAAGGAUUCCCUGAAUCAAUGAAAAAUGAUUAUUUUGACACAAGAAAUAAUACUAAGCCUUAGAUUCAGGCUGGGCCUUGACCAUGGUAGCCUUGAUUCCAAGGAAGGAGCUUGAUAGCCACUCAGAAAUCCUGGUAGUCUGUCAAUGAUGUGACCUCUGAGGCCCUGGGAAAGGUGACCAGAUAUCUCUUUGACUCUUCUACUAGAAGUGAUAGCCUCAGGGCUGGAGUACCUGUCCCAAAGUGCUCCAUAAAUGCUUAUUGACUAGCUAGAGCCACAAAUUAAUGGGAUGGUUCCGUCCAGAGACAUAGACAGUAAUGGUGCCAGAGUCACACAUAGAAAGAGAUGCAGGUGGAGCUGAGCAAACAACUUCUUUAGGGACAUAAAAUUCUUCUCCCUAAAAGAGGUUGUAGUUUGACAAUAGUUCCAAGCAGGCCAUAAAGCCCUUCUUAAAAAGUCAGUACCAACCCUCCCAAGAUCUCACCCAUCUUUCUAUACUAGAGGGACACUAAAAUUGUUCAUGUCUGGCUUCCAGAGAUAAUCACAUUUGGUGCUCAUGUUUUUGACAAAAAAAAAAAAUCAAUUAUUUUUUCGGUAGGGGGGAAAAAAAAACCCAUCUGUGUUUAUUCAAUUGACAGGAACUACCUUUCAAUCUAUCUUAGAUUGAGCCUCCCUGAGGCAGGCAACACAACAGUGAUAGAUUAAGCAAUAAGCAAACCCUAGACUGCUAUGGGAGAAGGAACAGCUUGCUUUUGUAAGUCUUGCACCUCCUAAGGCUCCCAGCACAAUCCAGAGAAGGGUACCUACUGAGAAACAUAUUUGAUAAUUUAGGGAUUAAAAAAUAAUAAUAAAUGUUGUGAGUUAGCCCCUUUCUAUUUGUCUCACUCCACUAUUCCACUGAAUUUGCUCUCCUCCAAGAAUAUGUCCUUGCUUUGGCAUCUUUCAUUUGCAUAUAAUUUAGCUGCAAUGGGAUACAGCUGGUACCUUUUAGGCAGACUUAAACUAGCUACUCAGCUCCUAAAGGAAACUCAGGUUGUUAUGGAAAUCAGCCUUUGGUGAAAGGGAAUUAAUUUGACAGUAGGUCAUGGACUCUACCUUGAAUUCUAAAAGCUUUAUUUAUGCUGAAAGUUUAAGCAGGCUAAUUGAUCUCUGAGUCAUUUUAGGCACAGAAUUAGGCUUCCGGUUUACUUGUAACCUUGGAUUGCAUCCUAAAUUUUGAAUGACGUUUUUAGGUCACUAAACUCAGUCACCUUUGCUCUGUGGAGAAAUUAGAAUGAUUUUCCUUUUAGACACUUUGAAAUAAUUUGCAUGGGCUUUGUUUCUAUUCUAGCAUGCAUGGAAGAUGCUAAAAUACUAUGUUUAGUCUUUUUAUGCAUCUCUUCCCCCCAGCAGUAUCAUAAUAGAUACAGAGGUUAGAAAGGAUGCCUUACAGCAUCCUUGAGUUGCUUGAUGAAAAGAACAUGUUUUCUUUAUCUCCCCAUUAAAACUGUAACCAGGGCAGGGCAACUGGCACUUCCCCCUAAAUUGCUGAUAUUUGCAGUCUUUUAUCUGUGUAGAAACACCAGAGUUUAGUACCCCGUUAGCAAAAGUGGUUUAAAAUAGGAAGUUAUCAGGUCAAUGGUAAUAGAAGUCCUUUCCCUAAACUCCUUCAACUAAGGAUGUAUUUGAUAACAUUUGCCAUGCACAUGGUUUGUGGUCUGUGCCCCAGGUGGAAAAUUCCUACUUAAGACUGGAAUCUUGAAGAAGGAAUAAUUGAAAAUCAAGAGCCUUUAGAACUGGAAAGAACUCAAACUCAUCUAGUCUAGACCCUUCAUUUUGCCAAUGAGGAGACAGAGAUCCAAAAAGUUUCUUCAGAAAGGAGUAGCAGCCUUCCACAAUGGAAUACCCCUCUUUCCUACAAGGUUUUGUCUAUAUACAAAACAAAUCUGUGAACCAGAAUGAAAUCAGAAUUUCUCCUAGCAGAGAUGUAGGUUUCUAAGACUGUGUGUGUGUGUGUGUGUGUGUGUGUGUGUGUGUGUGUGUGUGUGUGUGUGUGUGUGUUGGAGGGUUGUUGCAGCCUGGGUAGCUAUUGACUUUGUCUCCAAAGCACUCAGAUUUAUUAGGAAAAAUUUCUUGUGGGCCAAUUACAAUAUGAAACAUUUUGUUAGGAAUGGAUUCAGCCACGGCUUAUGGGAGUAUAUAUUUCAUCCUGUUGAUGGUUGGGAGAGAAAAGCUCCAGGCUAAGAUGUCAGACAAAAUUGAUACACAGCUCCCUACCAUAGUUGGAGACUCUUCCCAUUGGCAAUCUCUUUACUUCCCAAUUAAUAAAGGUGAGAGAGGCCAUUGUUGUUUCUGUUUAGAGACCUAGAAUAGAAAUUAAAAAAAAAAAAACUUUCUCUGCUUCUCUGGACUUCCUGUUGACCUGCAAGGCUGUUGUAUGUUCUUGCAGGCCACAGUUGCCAAUGUAGGUCACAUACUUUGGUAAUCUCAACUCACAAAGAACCUUGGAGCUCAUCAGGAAAUCAAGGACAGAGAAAGGCUAGGACCACAUAGGCUCCAUCCUACCUUCUGAUUGCCUCGACUUUCACUCUGAAAUUUAUGAAUAAAUUCCAUUUUCUGAUCCCAAUCGACAGGCAGAGACAGAGAGAGUCCAUUUGGUAAGUGUUUAUGGAGGCUUAACAUGGACCCUGCUCUAUAAAUUUUAAUGAGGGGCUUUUUACAUGGUUUGUUUUAGCUGAAUCCACGUACUCUAUAGGGGAAGUCAAUUCUCAAUACUCAUCUAGGAAUUUAUAUUUCACUUUUCCACUUCAGUGGGGACCUCCUUGGCUAAGAUAUUAAUAAAUAAGAUUCAGCUUUCAAUUUAAAGAUCUUUUAAAAAGCAAUCAGCCUGAUGCACAAAAUAUAGCAAAGAAAUCCACCCUGCUCAAACUCAUAAUGGUUUGAGGGUCAGGGAAUUGUAGAGAAAGAAUUCUUGUCAAGGCAGCAGAUGCAGAUAAUUCUUUCUAAGUGGUUAGUUAAUAUUCAAGCUACAUGAAAAUGAUUAAAUUUUGACUGCUUCUCAAUCCAUGAAGCCUUUUUGUUGUAUGGAAUCAUGAAUCCUGGGUUCAAACUAUGGCUUUUUUUUUUCAUUUCCUAACUGUGUCUCUAAGGGGUCACCCCUCCUUGAACCUUAUCUAUAAAAUAAAGAAGUUGGGCUGGAUUUGCAGGCUUACAGUCAGAAUCAGAUUAAAAUGUAGUUAAAUACUUCACAAAAUAAAUGAAAAUAAAGAUAUCAUUAAUGUAGUUUUUAAAUUCAUUAAGCAUUUGCAGGGAUCCAUACAUGCCCCAUUUUUAUUUGAGUUGGAUUCUACCAGUCUAGGCAAGCUGUAAAGUCCUUUAUAGCUCUAACAUUGCAUGAUAUAAUGACUAUAGUAUUGUACGUGGAGUUAGAAGGACCUGGAUUAGAAUUUAGCCUCAAACACUUUCUACCUAUGUGUCUCUGGGCAAGUCAUCUCAUGUCUCUAUAAUGAGAAUAAUAACUUUACCUACCUUGCAGUUAUUGUGAGACUCCAGUGAAAUCUUAGAAUGAAAGGGCUUUGUCAACUUUAGAGCAGGCCAUUGUUUUGAGGAUAAAUUCUACAGAAGAGAAGCUAGGUAUCUACCAUUCAUGCAUUCAGCAUUUUAGGUAAAAUGUAAAGGGGAGAUGGGAGAGGAGCGGGUUGAGGCAAGAGUUAAGGGAAGAAAGGGACACUAUCACUUAGGGGCAUUGGAUCCCAGAUCCAGAGCCAGAAAGAACCUUAGUCCAACCUUCUCCUUCACGGAGGCCCCUGUAAGGACACGAGGUUUGUAGGAGGGCAAUCUUGCCAACUAUGCCGAUAUAAAGGGGCAGAUGUGUUCUGCUCUGAUUAUGCCAGUUGUAGGGUCGCAUCCUUUCUAGAGAAUAGUGCGAUACCGAAGAGAGAGGAACCCAUACCAGCUUGGUUAUGAAUAGGGUUUAUUAGGAUUAAUUAGGUAAAAUGGGUAGAUUGGGGGAGGUCACUCACAAGAAGCUGAUAUUGGGUGGCAGCAAGACAAAGCAACAUGGUGGAUCCCUAGCACCAGCUCCAGGCCAGGUUAGAUGUUAUAUAGAAAGAGAACAAAGAAUGCAUAGUGCUGGGGAUGGCCCAGGGUCACAAUAAGUUUUCCCAUGGGAUAGUUGGAACUUCUUUUGCUGUUUACAUUUAUUCAAGGUAUUUUAUAUUCUCUAUGGAGUCAUAGGUCACUUUCUCACUCUGAAAUUCACCAUAACAAUCCCCAAUAGUUGCUUUGUUCAGGAUUGCACAGAUAGUUAGUGUGAUUUCUUUAAACCUUUAACUUCCAUCUUGGAAUCAAUACUGUGUAUUGGUUCCAAGGUAGAAGAGCAGUAAUGACUAGGAAGUAGAGGUUUAGAGACUUGUCCAGGGUCACAUAUUUGUCUGAGGCCAAAUUUGAACCCAGGACCUCCUGUCUCUAUGUCUGGCUCAGUGGACUAUGAGCCACCUAGUUGCCCCUUUAAAUGUGAUCUUAGGCAAAUCUCCAAAUCAGGUCCUUAGUCUAUCCUUCUCAUUUUUACAGAAGAGAAAACAGAGGCCCCAGAAAGAUGAAUUGACUUGCUCAGGGUCACACAGAUUGUGAGGGACAGAGAAAAGACUCAUGGUUCCAAGGUUAGUGCUUGUUCCACUGUGCCAUGACGAGCAAUUACUUUGGAAACAUCCAAAGCCCUCCCAGAUCAGAGAAGAGCUGCUUUUGAGCUUUGCUUGCUGUACUUAAGCUUCAAGGCGUGAAAUGUGUGCUAUUAAUGAGCUAUUCAUUUGAAAAGCCUAUAGAAUUAUAAUUUCAUUUUGUGGCAACAUGCAUCUAAUCAUGCUUAAUUCUUUUGACAUGUUAUACGCACUGAAGAAUGGUGUUGAUCAGCGUUCCCUUUGUUUCUGAGCCAUAUCAUUCCCUGAGGAGUGGGUCUGUUUUACUCUGCUGUAAAAGAACCAAUGAACGGUGUGCUUAUUUAAGGCACUCUUGGCAAGCCCCACACUCAAAAACACAAUGAAAUGGGAGAUUAAGGCGAAGAGCUGAGUGCCUUUUGACAACAACAAACACAAACAAUUCCAUUUUGUGGGAUGAUAGAUAUUUCACCAGCUAAAAGCACAUGGGUUUCCCCCCUACCACAGAAUAUAUUUUCCUCAAAGUUGCAUGUAAUAAUCAGUCUUAGUUGGGAAGGAGAAAUAGGAUCCCCUGGAAAUGCCACAUCUCAUGUAAAGGAAUUCAGGUAUUGACGUACAACCCUACUAUAAAUACUACUGCCAUGAAAAAUUCUGAAGCCAAUAAAGACAGUUCAGGAAGGGCAAGUUAGUUCUUCAGUAUGCAGGCAGAGACUGAACGCAGAAUGAACAGUACCAGAUGGGUCUGUGAGGAAAGAGGGGUAAUGAACAUGAAUUUGUGGUCCAGGAUCACAAUAGAAACAACUGAGUCCAGCAUCUCCUCAGGCAAGACUAAUUAGUUCAAGUAGGAAGCUACCAGGUGGCUUGCUAGUCCAAGCUCCUCCCCUGUCCCCCAUUAACAGAAGAAGCAUUUGCUGACACUUCCAUCCCACUAACCAGCAUCCAGAAGUCUCAGGAGGGAGGUCUAGGAUGCAUUCCAUGACAGCUCAGUAGUCUUUAGAAGUCCUGAGAGGGACUUUUGCUACCUGAUCCUACUGCCAGCGAAGGAGAUAAGAGAAACUAGGAAGUGUACAGCAGCCACAGAUAGAAAUAAAGGGGGAAGGAAGAGAAUGUUGAGUCCCUAAAACAAAGAUUAUCAGUCAGUCCUAGAUUUAAAAAGGGGCCGGAGUGCACAUUAAGUCCUUCCUCUUCUCUUUAUGGAUGAAGGAACCAAAGCCUAGAGCAGUUAAGGGAUUUAUCCAAGCCUACUCAUGUAGUAAUUAGAGGCAGGAUUUCUGAUGGUCUCCACUUGCCCUUGUACCACAUUAUUGGCUGGAGGAGAGAAGACAUCAAGGAAAAUUAUACACACUUCCAAAUGAGUGUGGGAUGGAGCUAAGCCCUAUAGGCUUCUUGUUGUAGUGUAAAAAUCCUCCUUUGUCCAACAGGACAGCCAUUUCUUGAUAAAAGCAAAUGCCUUUUCCACAGUCCCUUAUUGAUUUUACUUAGUGACUGAGCUAGUCGAUGGAUCAUAUGCCCAAGGAAUGGCCAUCUUCAGGCUCUCCGAAGACUGAUGCCUCUAAGGAAUCAAGGUGGACACAUCCCUCUUAUUCUUCUGCAGUGAGAGUCCAUCUCCUGAAAUAAAGAAAUAGGCUAGAAUGUGUGUUUUAGUCAAAGUCAACUUCACUUGUCCAUUAAGGCAUUUUGGAAAAGAUAAUGUGAUAAUACUGUAAAAACUCAUUCAGUCAGACCUCAUUAAUUCAUGAUGUGUGAUCAUCUUGAAAAAACAUUGUAACUCAGGACUUUUGUGUUUAAGGUAUACUGUGUGAUUAUUGUGAAACUUGGUAUAUUUUUUCAUCAACUUGCCUCAUUUUAUCAGUAUGCACAAAUUAUCAUUGGUACCACAAAGUAAUUCAAUUAUAAGCAUAAAAUAUAGUCAUAAAAAUUCUGUGAUUUAGUAUUCCUUUAAUAUUGGACUUCACUGGACUUCACUAAUUUGAUCAGAACUUUCUUCCAUGUUUCUUCAAAUUUAUGAGGUUUUAUGUGCAUAAAAUCUAUUGGAAAAAGUCAAUUCAGCUACUUAAAAAUGUGUAUCACUUUAAAAGCUAUAUAAGUCAAAACUUCUAUCUAUGUGUCUUAAUAGUUGCCUAAUAAAUAUUUAUUAAAUUAAGUGUAAUUUUGUGCUCUUGACUAAAUGUUGAACUCUUCUAUUUUUGUAGAUUGUAACUGUGAUGACUAAAAUCUAUUGUAAAUAUUUAUUGCUAUGAAAAUAUAUCUUAUGUGGUAAGAGUAGUUUAUGAUAUUGUUUGAUGUAUGUAAAUUAAGGAUUAUUGUUUGGUUUAAUUUCAAUUUUAAAAAGUAUUUUUCAAAUGAGAAAUUUACAUUUAAGAUAAAGGUGUAUUUUCUGUGAACAAUUCAACUCCAUUGCAAUUCAAAACAAUGAAAGCUCAGCUCAUGUGUAUAUGAAAAAGAAGUGUUGCUGUUUAUUUCCAACAGGGAUUAUUCUUUUCUCAAACAAUGCUUUGAAAUGCUUAUGUUUUAAUAUUUCCUCAUGCUGCUGACACAAAAUCAAAUGAUGCUAGCUAAAUAUUCAAGCUAUAGUUGUGAAAUGAGCUGUAUAUCUUAAUGUAAUAAAGCAUGAUUGAUGAAAUAAAAA